AUGCCGUUUGACUCUGAAGCUAACGCUGCCACGUACGGUGUGUUGGAAGGCACCGAGAUGACGACAAUAACGUUUACUGGUGUCUUGAGCCGUGAAAUAUUUUGUCGUGAGGUGUUCUUCCAUUUUUGGGCGCGUAGCUCGAGGAACUUUGCCGGUAGCGCCGGUUCGCCGAACCCUGUUAAGUGGGAUGGCAUUCCAUUCUCUAUUCCCGGAGAUAUAGCCUUUGUUUAA